AUGCUGCGUGGGCUGCAGUCUUGGAGCAUGCUGACGCGGACGCGGGGCUUUGCGGCGGCGGCCGGAGCGGCCGGCUCGCUGACCGAGCUCGAGCAGGCUGCGCUCUACCGCAAGAUGGCGGUAGCGGUGGUGACGGGCGGGCGGAGCGAGCUGGAGACGCUGGUCAAGGGCGCCAUGGCGGACGACGUGCCGCUCAGGGGCCCGCUGGCCGAGGCGGCGCUCAAGGCCGCCAUGUUUGUCCCGCAGGGCACCCUGCUCGAGGCCGAGGCCGACCUCGACCUCGUCCAGCACGGCGCCCACCACGCCAUCCGGCCCAAGCCGCGGGCCAAGCGGCAGAGGGCUCUGUUUGGGACGGUCAAGUCGGCGGUCGCCUCGGUGCUGGAGGGCCUCGAUCGUGGGUAUGUCAAGCGCCUGAACCUGGUAGGCGUAGGCUAUCGCGCCUGGCUCGGCAAGCCGUCCGAGGGCAAGGCCCUUGUCGACGACGGCUCGGUCCGGGCCCCGGUUGCAGCGCCCGACGACGAUGUCCUCUGGCUCAAGCUCGGGUACUCGCAUGAUGUCGAGGUGCCCAUUCCCGACGGACUCGCUGUCAAGGUCAUCAAGGACACCACCAUUGUUGUCGAGGGCAUCCACAAGCAGCAGGUCGGCGAGUUUGCCGCCCAACUCCGCCGCCAUCGCAAGCCCGAUGCGUACAAGGGCAAGGGCGUCCGCUACGACGGCGAGGUUCUCACCCUUAAGCAGGGCAAGCGCAAUUGA